CCCCUCCCUCUCAAACCCACCCUUUUGAAGUCCGCCCACCAAAUCUCCACAAGGAAUAGAUUUCCUCCCCUCCUCUCCCUCCCCUACCACCAUCAUGAGCAGCAGCAAUCGUCGUCUACUUGUGCGCGGCUUUGUUUUGGUGGACUAUCCUUGAGAGGCCGUGAUCUCGCACUCCUUGGCGAACAGCGGGUUGGGCCGUGGCGGCCUCUCACCAUGAGGGCCUGCUGUAGUGCAGCUAGCCUCCGUGGGGAGUUGAUUUCCUAUCUUCGCGUCCCCCACCUCUAUUGACCGAUAGAGAUUACAACCGGAUGAGAUUAAAAUUUCGAUGCGAUCAGAAUGCAAGAAUUCAGGUCAAUGUAUCCUCAUCAUGGUUGCUGUAACCAUAUUUUGUGGUUCUCCUCCUGAUAAAUUUCUAUAUGCAUGAUGCUAUCUAUUUCCGCUGCUACAGUGAGAUCAUUUACCAGAAUUGGUGGCUAUUGAGUUUAAUUCUGAUCCUUUUUCCGGUGGUUGGUAUUGUCAUAUUCCAACAAGUUUUACAUGCCGCAAUUAAUAUUAUCUUGUGGAAGAUAGAUAAAUCAUGUAUCUUUAAAGCCUACUUUAACCCAAUUAGCUAAGGAUAAAGAUAAAUUUAAUGUUCAAUAUUUUUUAAAUAUGUUCAAUAUUUGAUGUUCAUAUGUCAAAAUUAGAAAGAUGAAAUGUUGAAACUGUAAACACCAAAUGUUGAAAAAGCUAUAUUCAAAAUGUUGAAUAAAUCCGCUUGGUCUGGAUGGAUGAGUCUUCUCACUGGUGGCCUGGGCCUUCAUCUCCGAUGGCCUGGGUGGCGGCACGGCAGAGCCGAGGGGCGGCGGCCGGCGGCGUCGUGUUGUGGGACCGGGGCGGCGCAUCGGCCGGAGGCGGUGCACGGCGGGGCUAGGGCGAGCAUCGGCCGGUGGCGGCGGGGUUGGGGAGGCACAUCAGGCCAGCGGCAGGAGCAGCCGCGCGGCUCAGGGGGACGCGAAGGCGCUCAUGGUGAGCAAGGAGGCAGAAAAAAAGAUUAUGGUUGAGUAGAUCCAACGAAGAUAGCUUUUUGCACAAAUCUCAAACACUGGAAGUUAAGUUGGAAAAAAAAAACUUUAGAAAGAUAGAUAGGUUUUCUGCAUCUCUCGUGGAGGAGUUCGCUGGCAUGGGCCCACUGCUUGCGCGACGGCGUAUAGGCCCACGUAACACGCUGCCACGGCCCACUACACUCAAAAGCGUGACCGCGUGAGACGGCACGACGCGGCCGCAUCGUCGAUCGAUGCAUCGACCUCUACUAAAUCCGGUAUGAUGUCAAUGGAUUCUCGAGAGAAAAAAAAAGAGAGGAAAACCUAGAUCCGCAGAGCUAGAAAUCGGCAUCGUUUCAGACUUCAGAGUAAUCUUUUUCGUGAUCCCUAGCUAUAUGCACGGUUCAGAGUAAUCUUCGUGCCUCCCAAAUCCCAAUGUCUUCGACGACGACCAAGGGCGCUUCCUCGUCCUGGGCGGACCUGCCGCCGGACCUCCUGGGCCUCGUCCUGCGGCGCCUCCACUCCCUCGCCGACCGCGCCCGCGUCGGCGCCGUCUGCCGGCCGUGGCGCUCCGGCGCUCGCCUGCACCGGGACAACCUGCCCCCGGCGAUGCCCUGGGUAGCGCUCGGCAACAAGGCCUACCUCGACGUCGUCAACGGCGACGCCGCGCGCAGGCUGAGCCUGCGCGUCCCCGCGAAGGCCCGCUGCCGCGGCUCCGACGGCCACCUCCUCUUCCUCACGCGCGCCGCCACCGGCGAGUGCUUCCUGGCGGACCCGUUCUCCGGGGCCGUGCUCCCCGUCGCCGACCUCUCCUCCUUCAUCGAGGAGCGGACCCGCGGCGAGACGUUCUCGCGCGGCUUCGGCCUCAGCCUCAGCCUGCGCGUCCACAAGGCGGUGCUGCUCUGGCCUCCCCGCCAUGGCUCCUCGUCGGAGCUCGAGCCCGUGGUCGCCGCGAUGGUGAAGAACAGCACCAGCAGGUACAAUACGACCGUGUUCGUCUGCAGGGCGGGGACGGACACGGCCCACACGGGCGUAGACAAGGAGAGCUACGGCGCCAUGGCGGUGGACCUCCCGCUCGUCAAGGACGUGGCGUUCUUCCGUGGAGACCUCUACGCCCUCUCGACGCGCGACGAGCUCCUCGCCGUCCGGCUCGGCGAGGGCCCCCGCGGCAACCCGGCGAUCACCACCGCCGUCGAGUCCGGGAUCGAGGUCCCGGACGACGGAGAGUGCCGGUCGCACGCGCACGACGGGAUCCGCCCCGCCGGCGACGUGCGUCUCGUCCAGUCCGGCGACCAGCUGCUGAUGCUGAGACGGUGGGUCAUCGACGACGGCGGCGACAGCACCAGCAGCUUCGAUGUCUACGAGGCGGAUUUCGGCGCCAGCCCGUGCCGGUGGAGGCCGGUGAGCGGCCUGCGCGGCCGCGCGCUCUUCCUGGGGCGGUGCUGCUCCAAGUCCGUCCCUGUCGGCGAUGGCCAUUACGGCGCCCGGGAAGACUGCAUCUACUUCGUGCGCCACGCCGGCGACUCUGGCAUCUACGACAUGGAUUACCGCAGGGUGAGCCCGCUGGUGCCGGACGCCAAGGUUCUCCGGCGACACGGGCGAUCGUGGAACCCGACGUGGGUUUUCCCUGACCAGUCUAUAAUUGAGGCCCAUUAUUAUUAUCUGAAGAAGUCAUUGGCGCAGGGUGCUUGGGUUGCUUGGAGAUCCUAAUGAUCGUUACGUGCACAAUGUGUUCUUGAAAAACUAAUCUAUAGCAUAAAAUUUUGCAAUUUCGUAUCAAAA